AUGGUGUUUGCACGUGGUGAUGUCUCCGGCCAUGACGACCAGACAAUAGGUAAAGUGAUUCCCGCAUAUGGCAAAAAUCUAUAUGUUGACAGUAUCACAGACCAUCUUGAUCCGAGCAAGAAUGUAACGAUUGUCGGCUGGGAUGGCCUCGAGGACCCGGGAAACCCAUACAAUUGGUCCCUGAAGCAGAAAUGGAUACUCACAGCGCUCGCUGUCUUCACCACUUUCAUUACUAUGAUGAACGGGACGAUCAUCACUGUAGCCCACGAGGCGAUUAAUGAGCAGUUCAAUAUUUCCGAUGCCAACUUCCCCCAUUCCUACUGGCCCGUCACAUCCUGGGCGGUUGGUGGAGCCUGCUUCUCGCUCUUAGUUCUUCCGCUAAUGGAAGACUUUGGUGUGCGAUGGGUAUUCCUAGGCACAUAUCUCAUCUUCCUCUGUUUCGUGGUCCCUCAGGCAGUCGCCCAGAACUUCGCCACGCUCAUCGUAACACGAUUCUUCGCCGGAGGAUGUGUUUCCAUCCUGGCGAAUACCUCUGCCACCGUCAUUGGUAAUCUGUGGGACACCGAGAAAUCCCGAAAUGUCCCAGUCAGUCUGUACAUCGUCACCUACCUAGCUGGCAGCAGUAUUGGGCCUGUCAUUGGCGCUGCCAUUUACCAAGCUCUCUCAUGGAGGUGGAUAGGCUAUCUCCAACUGAUAUGGUAUGGGGCCUUCUUCCCGAUGUACUUCUUUCUGUUCAAGGAAUGUCGCGGAAUCGCAAUCUUGGGCAAGCGCGCCAAGGCUCUGCGCAAAGAGGGCAAGAAUGCUUUCACGCAGCACGAGAUAGAUACACAAGACCAGUCGAUGCUGAAAAUUGUAGGCCGCAGCGCCAGCAGGCCGCUCGUCUUAUUCUUCACUGAGUCUGUGGUAUUCGUAUCGACGCUCUGGUCCGCAUUCACCGUUGGAACCCUCUACCUCUUCACACAAUCGGUCGAGCAAGUUUUCGCAGACCUGUACGGCUGGUCUCCAUCCCAAGCCGGCUACGUCCAAUCAGCAAUCGUCAUCGGAGAGUGUCUUGGAUGGGUGGCUACCUUGUUCUCAGGGAAGCUGUACUUCGACUCGGCAUCUCGCAACACCGAAAUUCCCGGCACCCCUAUCCCAGAAGCACGAUUGUAUCUCGCGAUAGUGGGUGGAGUCACUGGGAUAGCCGGCGGUAUGUUCACGUACGCGUGGACCUCGUAUUCUUAUUUUCCUUGGAUCGCGCCAGCCAUCGGUCUCGCCAUGGUGGGAGCUGGUAGUGUGAUCGUGGUUACCGGAAUCUCGGACUAUGUUGUGGAUGCGUAUGCCAAGUACGCCGGUAGUGCUAUCGGUAUCAUUGCCACCGGUGAGAACACACUGGCGGCGUUUUUGCCUCUAGCUACAAUGAGCAUGUACUCCCAUCUUGGCCCUCAGUGGGCCAGUACUUUAUUAGCGUUCAUUGCGUUGGUUCUCUCGUUUGCGCCAAUCUUGGUGCUUAUCUGGGGCAAGGAUAUCCGAGCUCGGAGUCCGUUCAUGAAGGAAGCGAUGGUGGAGAAGAGAAGGAAGAGUAUCGACUCUGUUUGA